AUUUGAUCCAUUUUGAACUUUGAAGUCAUUUCGUUUCCUUUGACCCAAUCAGAAAGCACACAAUACCAAUUGCCGGAAAAGGGAAAGUUUUCUGUGAAUAUAUUUUAUACAUACCGGAAAAAAGAAAAUAUUUUUUUGUUGUAGUUUUUGGAAUUGGGUUAGGGGGAUGUGAUGUGAGUGACGUGCAGAGAUGGCGCAUGUGGUGCCGGCAGACCCGCAGGCGGUGGUGGUCGUCAAGAAGAAAACGCAGUCGUCUCGGAGCUGGAUGCUGUUGGACUCCACCGGCCACGGCACCGUGCUGGAUGUCGACAAAUACGCUAUCAUGCAUCGCGUUCACAUCCACGCCCGCGAUCUUCGUAUCCUCGACCCGCUCUUGUCUUACCCUUCCACUAUCCUGGGAAGAGAGCGAGCUAUUGUGCUGAAUCUAGAGCAUAUCAAGGCGAUCAUUACUGCUGAGGAGGUACUGCUUCGAGAUCCAACAGAUGAAGAUGUUAUUCCUGUUGUUGAAGAACUUCAAAGGCGACUGCCUCCUGUAAAUGUCAUUCGCCAAGGUCAAGGAGUGGGGAAAGACUACAUGAUGGGGCACAAUGAUGUCGAAGCAGGAGAAGAAGAUGAGUCUCCCUUUGAAUUCCGGGCCCUGGAGGUAGCUCUGGAAGCUAUUUGUAGUUUUCUGGCUGCACGUACUACAGAGCUAGAGACUGCUGCAUAUCCUGCUUUAGAUGAACUUACAUCCAAGAUUAGUAGUCGUAAUUUGGAUAGGGUCCGCAAAUUGAAGAGUGCCAUGACAAGGUUGACUGCUCGGGUACAAAAGGUGAGGGAUGAACUAGAGCAACUACUGGACGACGAUGAUGAUAUGGCUGACCUUUACUUGUCAAGAAAAUUGGCUGGUGCAUCUUCACCUGUUAGUGGAUCGGGUCCUGCAAAUUGGUAUCCUUCCUCUCCUACCAUUGGAUCAAAGAUUUCAAGAGCAAGUAGAGCAAGUGUUGUGACAGUUCGAGGCGAUGAGAAUGAUGUAGAGGAGCUUGAAAUGUUACUGGAGGCUUACUUUAUGCAAAUUGAUGGCACAUUGAACAAACUGACAACGCUUCGAGAAUAUAUUGAUGAUACAGAGGACUACAUUAACAUUCAGCUUGAUAACCAUCGUAAUCAGCUGAUUCAGUUGGAGCUCUUUUUAAGUUCAGGAACUGUUUCUUUAACCAUCUAUUCCUUGGUUGCUGGGAUAUUUGGCAUGAACAUCCCAUAUACUUGGAAUGAUGGCCAUGGAUACAUGUUCAAAUGGGUGGUGAUCUUUGCAGGCGCAUUCAGUGCAAUUCUCUUUCUAUUUAUCAUGUCCUAUGCUCGCUACAAGGGUUUGGUCGGAUCUUGAUUUCCAAGUGUGCAUUCUUUCCUGCUGGAGAGGAGUUACAAGAUGACAUCCAUGAAGAUGAAUCAACUUUCAAGUGACUGCUUUCCUGCCACUUGAUGAUUUGGUGGUUCACCAUUCUCUCAUUGACUAUGAAGGGUCUAGAGGGAUAUAUCUCACUGGACAUUUCUCAUUAUCAUAAAUGGAUAUUUAAAUUUACAUGGUUUUAUUUCAUAUUUCCCCAAUAUUAUUAACUGCCUAAUAUUACACAAGCAGUUCAUGGAAGUCCCCUUUCCUCAAUUUUGGAUUCUUCAUGUUGCUCUCACUGUGAUGCAUAAAGAUAACUAAUUCAUGUAUCUGGGCAUUCAAUUACUAAAAUUUUCAAUGACAA